UGAUGGGAGAAGACCGGACGCAGGCACAAAGUGAAACCCUUACAGGGGGAGUGAUGGCCACGAAGCCUUGGGAGUAGCGGGCAGAGUCUCCUGCCCACACUCCGCCCCUCCUGCCCCUAAGCAGCAGGUCCAGCUGGUAGGAUGGAGGCCCGCCCGCUCCCAGCCCCGAGGGAGGGAGGAGCCACAGGCCAGGUGGAGCAGGUGAAGAGCCCAGGCUCCUGCGUGUGCCGGAGGAGGGGAAGUGACUACAAGCUGGCGUGUGGAGGCGAGAGCGCUCUUGGCCCCAGGAUCCAGCUCUGGGAAGCUGGGAUUGUCUCCCAGGCACUGUCUCGGAGGACCACAAUGGAAGAGGAAGGGGUAAGAAACUUCAAGGAACUUCGAGCCAAAUUUCAAAAGCUGGAUGACCCUCCUCUUCCCUGUCCUAUUAAGUGUCCAGCUGGUGUUUCUCCAAAGGAUGACAGGGGAUCCACACAGCCAACUCAGGGUCUGCCUAAUAGGAAACGUCUCUCAUCCCACCACCACCAGCCCCUGUCUUAUUGUCCCACCAGAGGACCCCAGCCUCUUAAAAGCCAGAAAAUGAAGUCGGAGCAGAGAGGUGAAAUUCAGAAGAUUUCAAGUUCCACAGGCCCUCCAGAAAAAUCUGGUGCGUGUCCUACAAGAAAUUCCCAGAAAGCUGCCAUGCCACCGGAUGUAAACAAAUCCAGAACUGAGGCAUCCAAUGGGGAGAAAGGUGCGGCCAUCAGCAGCUUCAGAUACAAGCUUUGGAACUGGGAGAAAGUUUCAUCUCAGCAGACUGCUCUGUCCCCAGCUCUGCACCUUACCAAUCGUGGGAGUAAGACCUUCCAUCUGGAAGGGCAGAAGACGACAGGGCUUGCUCAGGGGAAACCAGAGAAGCACUUAGAGGCAGCAAGUGUCUUGACCCUUCUUCCCCAGAGCCAUGUGAUGGCCCAGAGAAAAUCACCCAUGGCCUCUGAAGCCUCCUCUUCAUCACUUCCUCGGUAUGGCAGGAAAAGCACAGAAAACCCAGGUGCUGAGGGGAGCCCCAGAAAUGGCCCGUGCCAGCCUGUUUAUGAGUGUGAGCUUAGCAGCCUGGUUCCAGAAAAGCCAGAGAGCAGGCUUCCCCAAACAAAGCCGCUGCCUUCCAUUGAGACCCUCGGCCCGCCUCCCCCGAAGCCUUCAAAGCCCCCAUCUGUGAGCCUCCAGGCCUUCCGCAGGCAGCCAGCCGCUGUCUCCAAGGCACCGAAGGAAGUGACUGUGAAGGAAGGCCCCUUGCCUGCAGAUGGUGCCGACUUGGAAGAACCACAUAAUUAUGACACAACGAUUUCAUAUCUCAGCUACUCUGGCAACUCCGUUACCCUGAGUGCUGCAGGAGAAAGUGCUGAAGCCACUUAUGAAAUCGAAAUUGAAGAACUCCAAAAGCCUUGGAAGAGUUUUCUCCAUCCAGAACUGAGUCCUAGACCUAAAGAUGAAGCAAACGACAUGAAGGAAAAAGAGCUGUGUGAGUCAGAACCUCAGAAGCCAGGGAAGGACUCGCACAGUAACCAUCCUCCCAAGGUAGUUGUCUAUGAAAAGACUCCGGGAGAAACCCAGGGGACUGGAGUCCAUAAGGACAGAAGAAGUGUUCCAGCUGGAAGUCAGGAAGCUGUGACUGACAUCACUCAGAACUGGCUCUUCCCUGAGGAUGUGACGCUGACUAGGCGCUCCCAAGAUAAGGGAGGGUAUGUGGAAGCUUCGGAGGUGACGAAAGAAACCCAAAGUCCAAGUAUCAUUCAGUCAGACUCCUUUUCAGAGAAGACUUACGAUGAUGUGGAGUGCUCGAGAGAAGACAUAGCAAAAUGGGGCUUCUCCAGCUCGUUCACCUCAGACAGUGAAGAAAAUAGUGAAGAAACAUAUGAAGAUAUCUACAAAGCAAAGAACAGUGACGCCAAAACAGAUAUAGCUGGAAGAGCAGCACUGAGAAGAUUGCAGCAACUCUUCAGGAAAGAAAAGGCUAUAUUCAGAGUGAAACAAACCAAGUCAAAAGAGAACGUCAGCAAUGGAUUUUCCGUGUCACUUCCUGACUUAGGACCUAGGUCUCAGGACCUUAUCAUCUACGACGACGUGGACACAAGUGAGAAAGAACCAAAGGAUGAAGAUAAACUAAAAACUUGGAAGGCUAAGUUUUUGACACCAAAGGGGAAGAAGGGGAAAAAAGGCAGUGAUGGAUCCAAAAGUUUUUCUCCCAGAAAUUUCUUCAGAAAUAAGAAGCAAAACUUAAAAAAGAAUAGAAUGGAAAAAGAAGAAAAGCUUUUCAGAGAAAGAUUUCAGUACACUAAAGAAAUCGUGGUCAUGAACAGAGCAGUGGCAUGCUCCGGUAAUUCGCGGAACGGGAUAUUUGAUCUGCCAAUAACUCCUGGAGAGCAGCUGGAAAUCAUCGACACCACUGAGCAGAACCUAGUGAUAUGUCGCAACUCCAAAGGCAAAUAUGGAUAUGUGCUCAUUGACCAUCUACAUUUCAAGCAUCAGGGCUGAACCCCUUGGGAAGGUCCGCAGAAAGUCAGGAAGUGGCCACGGCCUGAGUUCAGCCUCACAGCACUUCAGCUCCUCGUCGGUGAGAUGGGCAGUGGACGCUUCUGUCAGAAACUCAAAAGAAAACCCUCAACAAGUCAAUGUUAGUUUUAUUCCAUACAAGUUUGUCU